AUGAUUAGCAUAUUAAAGGUCACAUUGGCCAUCGAAGUGAUGUACUAUGGGAUCUUGUUUUUCAUUAAAACGUCAAUUCUGUUCACAUAUCUCCGAUUUGCCGUCACAAACACGUUCCGAAAUCUGUGUAUCGGAACUGUCAUCCUCCAUUCCGUCUUCUUCUUCAUUUGCUUCGUUGUCACCUUAGCGCAGUGUCGGCCUUUAUACAAGAUGUGGGAUCUAACAAAGUCUGUGGAUGGAGCCUGCAUCAACACGACAGCAUUCUUCUACUCCACUUCCGCAUUCAACAUAAUUACAGAUAUCUGGAUCCUCGGUUUGCCUAUUAAAACACUUGCAAGUGUGCAUCGGCCGCGCCGCGAGAAGAUCGGUCUGUUUCUUGUCUUCGGCGCCGGAACCUUCGCUGCCGUAGCAUCAGUUGUGCGCCUGCACACAAUAUACAAGUACACACUUGCAGAAGAUCCCUUCCGAAACAGCCUGCUCGUUAAUCUGUGGUCGAUGAUCGAAGUCACCAUCGCCAUCUGCUGCGCGAGCGUCCCCGCCCUCAAGCCCGUCUUCAGCCGUUCGCAGCGACAGCGCACGCGGGCUAUGUCCUCGUCUCACUCCGCGCGAACACAGUCCCAUCAUUGGCAUUUCCGCCUGGGAAGCAAGGACAUGUCGGCGGAGAAAGGCGGCAGCUCGAACGAUAACUCACAGGCGAACGAACACUCGGGCAUUCGACGGUCGAUGGAGAGACAGGAGACUGCGGAGGCGUCGCAGCCGCCAGUUGUGCGUCCACCGCUAGCGACUCUAACUCGGCCGGGGGGAGCGACGCAGAUGCUCUCGAUGGAUCGCAUGGCUGAGAUGGACAGUUUGGAGAACAGCGUGGACAGCGGCAGCAUGCUGGCUUUCACGCCCCUGAGCCCGCCUGUCAGUACGAGGGGGAAGGCGCUUCUUAGAGACGGGGAGAAUGCUGGCGGUGAGACGAAGUGGCUCAGCAGCUCGGGGAGCAUGAUUGUGCUGCAGAAGUAG